GCUUGCUGCCUUCCCUCCCCCCUCCAGCUGCAGCUGCAGCUCCUCCUCCUCCUCGCUGCGGCUCCAUCUCGGGCUCCCCGGGCGGUGCGGGUGGGUGCCCGGAUGGCGGUGGUCGGCCCCCGCUCCGCCUGCCUGGGCGCCCUGGUCCUGCUGCUGGGGUCGGGGCUGCUGCGGGGCGUCCAGCCCGCCCGGACCCCCGACCCCGCCGGGACCCCCGACCCCGACCUCGCCGGGGACAAGGGCAGCGUCAUCCCGGCAGAGAGCCGCCCAUGUGUUGACUGCCACGCCUUUGAAUUCAUGCAGAGGGCCUUGCAGGACUUGAAGAAGACAGCCUACAAUCUUGACAGCCGGACGGAAACUCUGCUCCUGCACACUGAGGAGAGGGCCCUCUGCGACUGCUUUCCGGCCAUGCACUGACCGGGCCCGCCGCUGCCCGCUGCAGAGCCCGGCUCCGUGGGCCAGUGUCCAUCCCACUACUCGAGCCCGGAAGCCUGCUCUCGCGGCGCUCCCACAAGGAGAUGAUGUCUUCUCCAAGCAGAUGCCGCCUUGGGUGGUCCUGCCUGCUUCCUCGGGCCCAACGUCGCCUGGGGCCCUCGGGCUGGCCUCCGAGCCCGUCUGCCCACCUGCUGUCCUGUGUCCGCUGCGGGCGGAACCCAACCCGGCCACAGUUCCUUUUUUUCCCUUCAUUUUCUUUUGUUUAGCAUGGAAAUAAACUGGGAGGCUCUCUCCUGCUGACGAGGAGAACGAGCAGCAGCCCAGCCUCAGUUCCCAUCCCCAGUUCCGCCAAAGUCACCCCCUUCUCCUGACAUUUCGUUCCGGUCCCCCUGUCGUGGAUGGACUCUCUCCGAAUCCCCUUCCCCAUCAUCCUGUCAUCGAUGGUCUCUCCCGGUAUCCGUUUCCCGCCUCGUCGUGGAUGGACUCUCUCCAAAACCCUUCCUCUUGAAUGGUUUCCUCUCCCAGUGCUGUGGCUAAUCUCUCCCCGUACCCCCUCCUUCGUCAUGAGUGGUAUCUAUCUUCCCCUCCACCCCCACCGCUGACAUGGAAGGUCUCUCCCCGUGUCCUCCUCCCUUCCCAAUUUUUGGAUGGUGAUAUUCCUUCCCCUCCUCCGUUACGUUGUGGAUGGUUUCUCCCCAUGUCCCAUCUUUCCCCCAACCCCCUUGGAUGGUGUCGUCGUCCCUCCCCCAGCUAUCACUGUCCUGAAUGGUUUCUUCCAAUGUCCCCCUUCCCUCCCCUUUCUUGGAUGGUGUCAUUUCCUCCCGUUCCCCCGCCGCUGUUGUGGAUGGUCUCUCCCUUGUCCCCUCCUUCCUCCCCAGCGGGAAUGAUUCCCCCCCCCCGCCCCGCAAUCCCUCAUCUGUUUUUCUGUUAAAUCUGAGAAAGGGACUGAAUAUGUCAGCUUUGCAAGGACUGUGAAAAAAUGCCGCCUUUGUCCAAAAUAGCCCUGUAAAUUUGUAUGUGUCCCCAGACACCUGCCACUGCCCCCAGACCCACUAUCCCCUGUCCAAACGGCUCCUAAGGUUUUCCAGAAUGAGAGCUGGCGAUUGGAGGCUCCCGAUAGAGUUGUGUUUCUCAAUUUUCCAUUUCCUUGCCUGAUGGUCUGCCUGACUGUCACUGACCCGCUCGGCCCCCUGCCUCUUGGGUCCUGGCAACGCUGGGUCUCGCGUGACUAAACCCCAGGACCGUGAGAGCCCCAAGUGAGGUGGGGGGAGCCACAAGGCAGAGCCCGGGCCACCCGGAGGGCUUGUGAUCCGCUGCCCUCAACUGUGUCUUGACCAGGCCUUCCCGCGGUCAGGUUCAGGCUGGGGUUGACGGAGGGGUGGAGCUUAUUGGGAUAGGGGGAGUCUUCUAUUCCUGAGCAAAGGUCGACGUUGGCCCCCCAGUCAGUCCAUGGUCUGUCUGUCAGGAUUUUGAUGUCUGUCUCCCCUUUGAAAGUGGAGCUCCUCGAGGGCAGGGAAUAAGUCCUGCUUCUUUUGAGCUUCCCAAGCAUCCGGGACAGUGUCCUGUCCUCAGCAGGAGCUCAGUAACCAUUUUUGCUGCUGCUAUUACUCUAUUACUGCAACUUAUACAGGAUGCAAAGCACUCCUACUACUUUGGAGUGCAAAGAACUAAACAAAACUCUUAGGAGAUUCUGUAUGAAGUGUGGAAGCGGAGAUAGAACCAGAAGCAGCCCCAAUGUAAAAGGAUGAAGUAGCUGAAUAAAUGACGUUCAGAUAAAUGUA